UGUAUGCUAGUAUGUUAUUGUUUGUUUGUUGAUGGAAGAUUUGCAGAAUAAGAGAUAUUGGAUCAAUAUAUGGGCGCUAUUUAGGAUGACUCAAGUAGCUGUAGUUUGAAAACUAAAUGGAAAAUCUAAGAAAUUGAUGGAAAUAAAAAUAACUGCAAUUUCUAGAAAACAUUAUUGUGGUGACCUAGUUGACGUGUGUCUUCGGCAAUCGUUUAUGCAGAUCUUAUCGCUGGAUCCUUACACUACAAUUUGAGUUGUCAUAGGCAACGUAUGAGUGUCACAACGCAUUCGAUAAACAUUUAUGUACAGUCGCAGAGUUGUCUUCGAACGGUAUUGUUGCAAUAUUUUGACUAUUGAGUUAUAGUUGAGCUGAUGGUAUGCAAUAAUGAAGAUUAAAAUCCUAAUUUUUUGCUGGUACUGCCUACAUGUCACUGAUAGUGCGUUCAAUGAUCUUAUUUAUUUGAAUUUUUCUCUCAAUAGUUCAACGAAGCGGCUGAUUAGCCAUGAGAGAGAACUAGUUGAAACGUGUUUUAUAAAUAAUUCGAAUCCGGCGAUAAUAACUUCUGAUUUAAUCGAUGAUGGCUACAAAAAACAAAAUCUGGGUGAUGGUAAAGGAAGAAAUUCGCCGGUGAUUGUAAUUAACGAGGAUUUGAAGGGGGAUAGGAUCAAAGGAUAUGUUCCUACUUACCCCACAUACGUUCUGUCAUUUGAGUCAAUUAAAAAACUGGAGGCACAAGUUGAAGAGUUUAGAUCAUCGGCAAUCUGGAGUAUAAAGUCGCCUUUCUUGGUCAUCGAUACUAACAAAGAGUCGCGGUGUGCGAAUGCUGGAAAAGUACUUGGGUUUUUGUGGACAAUUGAUUUAUUGUCCGCGUAUUACUUGUGUUCUGACGAUGGCAACAAUUCGACGAUCGUUUAUACUUUGAACCCAUUCACGAAUUACGCUCCACUACCAUGGGUUAAAGUUGAAGCAGCCGAUCAGUUUGACGACAACAAGGGCAAGAAAUGGACACUCUACAAUCUCCAAUAUACUAAAGAUCGAACUUCAUGUGAAAAUAUAUCCUUUGACAAGACUCAAGAUCUUGCUGGCCACAAAAUCAAAUUCGCAGUUGUUUUGGAUUUACCGAUGAAAGAUGAGAGCGUUAAAGUAAAUAAAAUAAAUAAAGCCUUUAAAAAGUUAUUAAGUGAAACAUCUGUUAAUUUAUUGACGUUACCACAUUAUAUUAAUGCCGAAGGAUCUAUAAACGUUUCAGAUUUCCUUCAUGAUACAUUUAUUAAAAGAGGGUAUAAUACAGAAUUUGCCAAUAAAAGUAUUGACGCUUACAGUUCUGUUUUGCAAUUAGCAGAUACUAAUCACGAGUUUUCGGAUUUUAUAACGCAGUAUCGCGAAGCACGGUAUUCGAUUUUAACUAAAAAGUCAAAUUAUUUAACGGCAAUGAGCGAGAUAACUUACAACCUGCAGUUUAUUAUUUUGACAAUAAUUGUCUUAGUAUUGAUAGCAGUAAUUAUAAUAGUUAAUAACAAAUUCGACAUAAGCGGGGGUAUUAUGGACGUGAUAAAGAUGUCAGCAGGAAUGGGAGUGAUGUCACCGUUCGACAAGCUAUCGAUGAGAAUAAUUUACUUGAGCGGCUUCUUGUUUAUUUUCACUGUAAUGCCCGAGUUCCAGGGACAAAUAUCCGCCAUUUUGUCGAAGCCUAUGCGCCGUAACGUUGAGACGUUAAAAGACCUGUACGAGAAUAAGUUCCACGUUUACUAUGACAGGUUAUUAGAGAAUGACAUUAUCCAUGAAAAGUUGUGGGUCACUGAUGAGGACAAACAAUAUUUACAUCCAUCGGACAUUUCAGGAUUAAAUAAUUGUUCAGUAAAAGCAAAAAUGAAUUCAACAAUAUCUUGUAUUGAUUCCAGAGAGAUGCAGAUGCGUCAUGCUUCAAGAUCAAAGUAUUUAUAUGUUUCAAAAGAGGUUACUUUUAAAAAAUAUUUAGUUUAUUGGACAAGAAAGGACUGGGCUGUCAAACACAAACUCGAUAAAAUAGCUUCGUUAUUUGUGGAAUCUGGUUUUAUUCAUUAUAAUUAUCAAAGAUUCAUGAAGAUGUAUUCCAAAAAAAUAGAAAAAUUAAAUAAAAUCGAACAACAAAGAAAUUACGAGCAGAUUGAUUUCGAUCAUUUAGUGUUUAGUUAUAUGUUUACUGGAGCGAUUUUACUCUGGAGUUUGAUUAUCUUUGGAAUUGAAGUUCUCUUCCAUAAGCAUUCAAAAAUUUGCAGACAAAUUAAAAUGCGCAGAAAUUUUAGGAAGAAAAUUUCUGUAAGGUCGCAGCCGAGAAUUAUUUUCUUUCCCGGACGAAUGGUUCUUUCAAACAGCCGCAAUCAAGUUUAAAAUAUACACAUAAAUAUAUACCUACUAUACGUAUUGUUAAUUACGUCACAAUCUGCUGCACAAUAAUCAUGUUCAAGUCUUCUUAGCUAUAUAUUAAUUGUCUGGUUUUUCAGAAGACUUUGUUUCUUGUUGAUGUUUUUGUAAAAUUUAAACUACAAAGUCUAAUCGCACCCAGUAUGACGUUAUUCACUAUGCUAAAUAGUACAAAAAUAUUUGCGUAGUUUACAUAUGUCUGUAUAGCGGAAUAGACUAGAUCGUCCUGUCCAAAAAUUCCCAUA